GAAAAAACCAACAAAUCUUUAUAAAGAGAGAAAGUAAGCCGACUGAACAGGCCAAACGACUUUCGUUUCAGAGUGACUGAAACUCGUCGCUAAUCUCCAGUUCUUCAUCAUUAGCAUCCCAGUUCGAUUUUGGGAACAAUGUAAAAAAAAAAAAAAAAAUAGUUUGGAGAUUUCGAACAAGAAAAUUGCUAGAUGUGAUCUACUCCAUUAAUACUUGCCGGGAAGAGAAAACAUCCUAGCGGUUUGACAGCCUUUUCGCUCGUCUUAUAAAAGCUCAAGAGCGUUUUGAAAAAGAAGCAUUCGUUUUUUUACAAUAAUCCCAUCAACAUGAAGUUUUACCAACAGGUAGCUCUGGUACUUUUUGCUUUCGCCGUAGUUGCAUUAGCCGUGCCAACAAACAGACCAAGAAAACCGUUCAGGCCCAACUCCAACAGAGUGCAUAGGCGAAUAGAAGAAACUACGACGAUCCGAACUUAUCAGCCAAAAUACAAUCCCUUCAAAUCAACAGAAUUGUCGACGUCGACUACACCAUCAGUUUCACCUUUACGGAAGAAUGUUUAUUCCUCAUCUUCGACGAAAAUUUCAUCAGUCAAAUUAAUAGAGGAUCUUUCUACUGAUCCCCCAUUUAUUGCUGCUCCUGUAGAAGAGCCAUCCGAUUCACAGUCUUCCGAUCCUCCCCCUUCUUCGCCUGAAUCUGAAGCGGAAAUUUCACUUGCGGAGUUAGAAUUAUCCCCUCCUAUUUUAUUCUCUACUCCAUCUCCGGAUGAAGUAUCUUCUUCACCUUCGCGAACAUCGUCUUCAACCUCCAAACCACUGAUUUCAUCCACUACAAAAAAGCCUAGCUCCACUUCCGCUUUCAAAAAACCAGUUCUUCUCCGGCCUUCUAAAUCUGUGUCUCCUUCAUUCAAAUCUCAACAACCCACCCUCAGUACUUCCAAAACCUUGGCUUCUUCAGUACCCCCUUCCACCUCUGGCACAUCUUUACGGGUUCCCAAAACUGUGGCUUCUCCAAUAUUUCCAUCCAAACCAUCGCAAACUUCGGCUACCUUAGUAACUCCUUCAACCUCUGCCCCAUCAUCUUUACGUAGCCCAAAAAGCUUGGCUCCUCCACUAUUCUCUUCCUUUUCACAAACACCCAAAUCACCUGUUUCAACAGUAUUAUCGCAACCCUCCUUUGGCCCAGCACCAACUAGAAGUGAAAAAUCUGUCAACCUCCAAACGUCAGAUGACUCUGCCAACAGUGCAUCGGCAAACUACAGCUUCUCUUAUAAGGUCACUGAUCCUCAAACUAGUCAGGACUUUGGCCACAGUGAGAACCGCGUCGGAAACCACACUAAAGGGAGGUACGACGUUCUCUUACCUGAUGGUCGUCGCCAGGUUGUCGACUACCAAAUCCUCAAUGACUCUGGUUAUGUAGCCGAUGUCUCAUACCAAGGCUAAUUCAGCGUCUCAAAAGCAAUUUCUUCGUAACACACCAAUUCCCUGCGUGAAAAAAGAAGAUAAUCGCAUAUUCUUUCUUCAAAUCUUCGUGGCCCUAUCGAGCAAGGGAGAACAAGGGAAUUCUACUUCAGCUAUACCAUGCAAUAUUACAAUCUUUUUUAUGCAAUACUGCGGCAUUCCAAGUUGAUCUUUGAAUGUGCUAUUAAUAGUUCUUGAAUAAAUGAAAAUACCGUACUUAAAAAUGUCAGACCAGUUGUUAAAUUGUU